AUGUCUGAACCAAAGUCUACCAUCCCCAAGGGAUCCUGGAUCCUAAUAACCGGCGCCAAUGGGUUUUUGGCUUCGCACACCAUCAAACAAUUCCUGGGGCGUGGAUACAAUGUCCGAGGGACCGUUCGAAGUCUUGAAAAAUCAUCCUGGCUCACCGGAGACGUCUUCAAAACAUACGCAGGCCGCGGCGAGUUUGAGCUAGUCGAGGUUGCUGACCUUGCUAUUGAACACGCCUUCGACAAUGCUGUUAAGGGGGUCUCUGCUAUUGUGCAUAUAGCCUCGAUUGGCACCUUCGAUCCAAACCCACACAAUGUAGUACCGCAGGUCGUUUCAGGAGUCACGUCGCUUCUAGAAGCCGCCCUCAAGGAGCCGUCGGUCCAGGAGUUUGUUUACACCUCCUCCAUAGCGGCUUCUGCUAUCCCCAUCCCAAGCGACACUACUCAUAUUGGUCCAGAUACUUGGAAUGAGACGGCAAAACAGCUCGCCUGGGCGCCACCACCAUAUGACCCCAGUCGUGGCUUCUUGGUGUAUAUGGCGAGCAAGGUUGAGGCUGAGAAGGCUCUGUGGAAGUUUGCCCAUGACAAAUCGCCGCGCUUCACAGUCAACAGCAUCUCUCCAGUGUCGAUUAUGGGUGAAUACCUCAACAAAAGACACGCGGAAACUUCCUACUCAUUCAUCAAAAUGAUAUAUGAUGGGAGAAAAAAGGAGUUGGCUUUGAGUCCCGCAGUAAUAUUGAAUGACGUAAAAGAUUGCGCAUUGCUCCAUGUUGCGGCCGUACUGGACCCAGAGGUCAGGAACGCGCGGCUUGUUGGAUGGGGGGAGUACUGCAACUGGAAUGACAUCUUGGCCAUCAUGCGGAGACUCUAUCCUGAAAGGAAGUUUAUGGAUGAUAUUCCUGGCCUUUCUAGACUCCAGUUGACUACGGACUGCAGUCAAUCGCUAGCAUUGUUGGAAAAGUGGAAUGGCCAGCAAAGCUGGAGGUCCCUGGAACAGACUGUUACGGACAACAUGGAAAGUAUUUUGAAGUGGUACCCUUGA